AUACAUCUGUAUGAACAUCAACAUUCAUACAAAACUAACUAACACAAAACAUAAGAGUGAAAAAACAUUUUGCAAGAAAAGUGUGAUAAUGGCAGAAGGAAAAGGAAGAGUUUGUGUAACAGGAGGUACAGGUUUUAUUGGUUCAUGGAUCAUCAAGACACUCCUUGAAGAUGGUUACACUGUUAAUACCACUGUUAGAGCUGAUCCAGGGAAAAAAAGAGAUAUAAGUUUUCUCACAAAUCUUCCCGGAGCAUCUGAAAAACUAAAAAUUUUCACGGCGGAUCUUAGCAAACCAGAAAGCUUCAACGAAGCAAUAGAAGGGUGCGUUGGAAUAUUCCACACCGCAACUCCGAUGGAUUUCACUGUGAGCGAACCAGAAGAAAUAGUGACAGAAAGAACCAUUGACGGAGCAUUAGGAAUUCUAAAAGCAUGCAAAAACUCAAAGACAUUAAAGAGAGUUGUUUACACUUCAAGUGGUUCAGCUGUUUAUUAUCAAGAAAAAGAAGAUGAUGUAAUGGAUGAAAGUUAUUGGAGUGAUGUUAAUCUUCUAAGAAAAUUGAAGCCAUUUGCUUGGUCAUAUGUAGCUUCUAAGACUCUAGCUGAGAAAGCUGUUCUUGAAUAUGGAAAAGAAAAUGGGUUGGAUAUUGUGACUCUUAUACCAUCUUUUGUUGUUGGACCCUUCGUUUGCCCUAAGAUUCCUGGUUCUGUUUAUGCUUCACUGCCUUUCAUAUUUGGUGAUAUUGAGAAGAAAUUGAUGGCAUCUCGUAUGCAUAUGGUGCAUGUUGAUGACGUGGCACGAGCACAUAUAUUCUUACUUGAACAUCCUAAUCCAAAAGGGAGAUUUAAUUGUUCACCAUUCAUUGCAACUUAUGAUGAAAUAAUUGACAUUAUUUCUUCAAAAUACCCUGAAUUUCAAAUUCCAAAAUCCAAAGUGCUUAUGGGAGCUAAAGGUCCUAUGCUUCCACAUUUAACCUCAAAGAAAAUCAUGGAUGCUGGAUUUGAGUUCAAGUAUAGCAUUGAAGAAAUGUUUGAGGAUACAAUUGAGUGUUGCAAGGGAAAGGGUUUCCUUUAAACCAUGGAAUUAACAAGAUGUUUGAUAAUAAUUAAUAGUAAAUGAUAGUAUGUUACUAUUUAAUAUUUGAGUUAUUUGUAAUUUAGACAAAUAAAUUUGUAUACUUUAUAAUUCGAAUACGUAAUAAAACCACGGUGCAAUUAGAUGAAAAGUCAAAAGAAUACUUCAAUAGUUCAAUGACUGAGAAAA